GGCGCUUUCAAAGGCACUUGGAGGAGCGCAGCCAUUCUUCGAGCCGCCGAGAAAACCAGGGAGGAGAGAGCGGGGGCAAGGUUGCAGAACUGCAUCCCGGAGGGAGGCAGGGUGGGGGCGGCGGAGAGUUACCCCCCCCCCCAUCCUGUAGGUGGCAUUCCCGAGCUACAAGGUGAGGUAGGGCUAGGAAGGUGGCCGAGAGCUGGGUCGUGGAGUCUGGGGAGGUAACAGCUGUAGACACCGCCCCCCCUCCCCCCGCCAACUCCUAGUGCUCUGGGGGGUUGGGUGCGCCCUCUCCCUUCGCUAUCUCUCCGGGGCAGACUCUCCGUUUCCCGGUCUGGGAGUCUUGGGGUGCAUUAUUCUCAGCGUGGGGCGGGAGGGGCGAGCGCAAAAGGAAGCUUGGGGUAGGAGAGUGCAGGCAGGGGAGAAACAGAAGGGCUGCCCCCUUUCCUUUGCAGCCGGGGCGCACCGCUCCGCAGGCGGGGCCCUAGCCAGCAGCAUCCCCCACACGUGCCGCCCUGCAGUGGGGGACUGGACUACCUGGAUCCCUUCCAGUUGAGUCUGCGCCGGGCCAGCCUAAACUCCAGGUUUUCGUUUUGAUUGCCUGUGAGGCUUUUGCUCCUCCCUUCCUGAAAUCCUAUAUUAACUGUGGCCAAAGCUGUAAGAAACAUAGCUCAUUGUUGGCAAAUGCCGAUGAGCCUCGCUGAGGAGUAAGGGGAAGGGAAGGGGGAAAAUAAAGAGAAAGGGGCUUGGGUUUUCAGGCGAAGCAGCAGCAACAGCAGCAGCAGCAGCAAGAAGACGACAGCAAUAAUAUCACGUAACCGACCUUGGAGGAAACCAGGAAAAUACUCUAUAUGCAGCUGGGCGUUUUUUAAACCGAGCGAUUCUACCAACAACCUUCUGAGCAGAAAGAGCAAAGACCGGAGAAGGGUUGGAAAUGGCUGACCACAUGAUGGCCAUGAACCACGGGCGCUUCCCCGAUGGCACCAACGGGCUGCAUCACCACCCUGCUCAUCGGAUGGGAAUGGGUCAGUUUCCAAGCCCCCAUCACCACCACCAGCAACAACAACAACACGCCUUCAAUGCCUUAAUGGGCGAGCAUAUACACUAUGGCGCUGGGAAUAUGAAUGCCACUAGCGGGAUCAGACAUGCGAUGGGGCCAGGGACUGUGAAUGGGGGACACCCCCCCAGCACUAUGCCCCCCACGGCCAGAUUUAACAACUCCCAGUUCAUGGGGCCCCCAGUUGCUAGCCAGGGAGGCUCCUUACCGGCCAGCAUGCAGCUGCAGAAGCUAAACAACCAGUAUUUCAACCAUCACCCUUAUCCCCACAACCACUAUAUGCCGGAUUUGCACCCUGCAAGCCACCAGAUGAACGGGACGAACCAGCAUUUCAGAGAUUGCAACCCAAAGCACAGCAAUAGCAGCGGCAACAGCGGCGGUAGCAGCAGCAACAGCAGCAGCAGCAGCAGCAACAUGCCUUCCUCGGUUCCCCACGUCCCUGCUGCGAUGCUGCCUCCCAAUGUCAUAGACACUGACUUCAUAGACGAGGAAGUGCUCAUGUCCUUAGUGAUAGAAAUGGGUUUGGACCGCAUCAAGGAGCUGCCUGAGCUCUGGCUGGGACAAAACGAGUUUGAUUUUAUGACGGACUUCGUGUGCAAACAGCAACCUAGCAGAGUGAGCUGCUGACUUAAUUUAAACAACAACAACCACCACCACCACAACCACAGCAACAACAACAACCACAACAACAAAAGAAACAGACCCGACUUUUUCGGUGUGAAUUAAAAACAUUCCCUUAGACACAGUAUCUCGCUUUUCAGGUCUUGAACGGUUUGAGAACUUGGAAAACAGAGUAAACUAUAAAACUUGUACAAAUUGGUUUAAAAAAAUUGCUGCCACUUUUUUGUUUUUCUGUUUUGUUUUUUGUAGCCUUGACAUUCACCUCCCUUAUGUAGUAGUAAUAUCUAGCUAACUCGGUCUUUUCUGUUGUUUUUACUCCUUAUUUCCUCACUUAAUUUCUACAGUGCUCAACUGUUAGAUAUUAAUCUUGGCAAACUGCUUAAUCUUGUGGAUUUUGUAGAUGGUUUCAAAUGACUGAACUGCAUUCAAAUUAUGAGUGGAAGGAAAAAUUGCAUUAGUUGGUUGCAUGAACUUUGAAGGGCAGAUAUUACUGCACAAACGCUGCCAUCUCGCUUCAUUUUUAACUAUGCAUUGGAGUACAGACUAAUUUUAAAAAUAUGCUAAACUGGAAGUUUAAACAGAUGUGGGCCAAACCAUUCUGGAUCAGGAAAAGUAAUACUGUUACUUUAAAGUCUGCUACCCAUCCCCCUCCCCCAUAUGUACAGACAAUAAUAUGGUGUGGAAUGUAGUCAGUGGCAACAUUUCACAGAUUUUUAUUUUGUUUCUGUCUUCAACAUUUUUGACACUGUGCUAAUAGUUUAUUCAGUACAUGAAAAAGAUACUACUGUGUUGAAAGCUUUUUAGGAAAUUUUGACAGUAUUUUUGUACAAAACAUUUUUUUGAAAAAAUACUUGUUAAUUUAUUCUAUUUUAAUUUGCCAAUGUCAAUAAAAAGUUAAGAAAUA